CAUUCUCAGUUCCCUCUGCAAAUUUGGUCCACUUUUCCAUCUUUUGACAUCCAAUAUGAAGAGCUUUUCCCAAAGAGAGAGUAUUCUUUUAGGCUAUAGUCCUCCGAACACACCGGAUAUAGACUUCAACGAUGUGUUUGGAGGUCCGCCGAGGGGGUCAUCUGCUCAAGAGACACGGCACCGUUUCAGUGGUGACACGGAUUCUUAUUCACCGUCCGGAUUUGGAAGCAGCGAUGAAACGUCGUAUUGUGCAUCGCGGUUGUCGGGUUUAAGAGAGAAGGCAGUGUUCGGGGAAGAAGGGAGAAGGCAGUGGAGAAGCGAUUUCUAUGAUGAUAUAUUUGGAGGGAAUGAGAGCUGUUCUCCCAGCAAGUAUGAAACCAAGGAGACUUUUGCAUUAAGUCAAGCUAGGUUGCCUUUUUCUACUUCUUUGCCUACUCGAUUCAGAGGAAUGGAGGUCCCCACAUAUGGCUCUCCUACACCUACUCGUACCACAUGGAGAAGCAAGGAUGGAUCUUCAACUCACUAUGCUUCUUCUCCUCUCUCAACAUUCUCAAAUCAACAAAAAGUGGAACCCAAGAAUGAUUUUCAAUCAUCGUAUCCACUCAGUGCCUUGUCUCAUGAGUUAUCUACUGCCAAUCAAGUUGAGGAUUCAAUAAACUUGACCAACCACCAUCAAACAGAGGAAAUGGUAAAUUCCGUUAGGGGAAAUGGUAAACUCCAAGAAAACAAUAGACUGCAGAAGUGCUCAAGUGCUAAGGGAUGGACCUCGUGUGAAAAUAUGGCAACGGAAUCGAUAUCAGAAUUGGAUAAUAGUUUCAGGUCUACUGAUAGAAUGUCGGCAAAUGCUAAAUCUUUUAGAGUUGAACGUGACGAUAAUGCAACUUUAAGCUCUCGAAUCCAUUCAAGAACCGAAGACAGAGAAAGGGUUCAAUUCAUUCGGGAAGACGACACUCCCAAGUCCGAACCUGAAAUAGAUGUGUGUGAUAAACAAGAGAGUGAAACUAAAAAGGCUCACACUAAAACUCUGGAAUUGCUUUUCCAUGAUGAUGACCACUACCAACGAGGCAAUGAUGGGGUGAGUAAAAAUUACGGAACAAAAGACAUUUCUGAAAAGAGUAGGAAGAAGUUAUAUGAAAUUCUAGAUGAUGAAAACGUCAAGAAACCUGAUACUCCCAACAUGGAAGGCAGUACAAGAAGAGUAAAGGGUUUCCCUAGGAACUCGGGGGAUAACGGGAAAGGCAGAGUUAGAGGAAAGAUUAAAGAUUUCAUUAAAAUCUUCAACCAGGAUGCUACACCAAAGCCUAAACCAGACACUGUCCGUGAGACUCGUGACUCUAGACGCCCAGAAAGACAUUCGAUCAAGCCGGAGUAUGAACCGAGUGAUGGUGUCACUGAUAGGGUGGUGAAAUUUCGCAUGCCUGACAAGCAAGAGAAGAAAUCAUCUUCCCAAGUUAUUAUCGCGAGCCAUAUGUUUAAAGGUGCAGCUGAAAAGGAAACAAAUACCUCAGUAACGGAUCCUGUUUCUAACGGCUUCAACACUAUUAUUGAAGAUCCAACAGACUCGAUCGACGAAAACUUCACCAUAGAAGACUUGACACCAGAAGAGAAAAUUUUCCCAGAUUUCGGCAUCGACCCUGAAGAAAUCAAGGCCAUUGAUGCAAAAAUACAGCAAUGGUCAAGUGGGAAAGGAGGAAAUAUCCGUUCAUUGUUGUCAACCUUACAAUAUGUCCUUUGGCCUAAUAGUGGAUGGAAGGCGGUGCCUUUGGUGGACAUAAUUGAAGGGCCUGCAGUGAAAAGAUCAUAUCAAAAGGCUCUAAUGUGUUUACAUCCAGAUAAACUACAGCAGAAGGGUGCCGCCUCUGGUAUAAAAUACAUGGCAGAAAGAGUGUUUGAUGUUCUACAGGAUGCGUGGACUCAUUUCAACUCACUUGGUUCGGUGUGAUUUAACAUGUAGUAAAAUUAGCGCAAGGAGAAUGAAUGUACAGAAUAAUUUCAUUCAUACUAUACAUCAU